GAACACACUGAUCCGAUCUGAUCCGAGCCGAGCCGAGCUGAACUGUGUGAGAAGUGGGACAUCGUUCACUUCCAGCUCGACCUCUCACCUACUUUCUCAGCCUCCAUAAAGAGCCGUGACGGGCGGCGGCAGUGUUGACGGACUCUCGGUGUGUGUGUCUGUGUGUGUUUGUGUGUGUGAAGGACCCGUUGCGUGUGAACCACACAGAUUCUGUGGCACGUUCUGCUCUUGAGACUCAGGUGCCUGGUGGGAACUCUUCAGAAAUGUGGACGAGCACUUUUGCCCGUUUCGCCCUGCCGGCCCUGCGGAGUCGCUCCUCCGCCGCGGCCUGCCAGGCUCUCAGGGCGUGUCGUGGACCGGGGCAGGCUGCAGGUCCGCCGGCCUCUCGUCUGACCUCAGUGCAGCUUCGUGGGCAGCAGACCAUGGUCUCGGCCUCGGCCCCUGUGGCGAGCCAGUCCGUGAGGCACGCCCGGGCCCUGGACGAGGCGCGGAUGGUGGAGGUGGAGUGGGAUGAUGGAGGCACCAGUCUGUACCCGUUCACCUGGCUGAGAGACAACUGCCAGUGUCCACUGUGUACCCUGCAGUCAGCUCAGGCCAGGCAGCUGGUGAUGUGUGAUCUGGACAUCCACACGGGGAUCGACUCUGUAGAGGUCAUCAAUGACAACAAGGUGUCGGUUGUGUGGCCCGACCAUCACACCAGUGUGUUUGACUCAGAGUGGCUGAGGAGACGCUGCUUCUCCACUGCUGCCAGACAGUCACUGCAGGAAGAGCUUUUCCUCAAUGAUCGUUAUUAUUUUGAUUCCAAGCUGAACAUUCCCACCGGCGACUACGAGGAAGUCCUCCAGGACGACCAGGCGGCGCUGGCCUGGCUGCUGGCCCUGCGGCGCGAUGGCAUCGUCCGCCUGAAGGGGGCGCCGAGGGAGCGGGGCCAAGUGGCCAGACUCGCCGAGAGGAUCGGUUAUCUCAGGCUCACGUUCUAUGGGCACACGUGGCAGGUCCAGGACAAAAACAUGGCAAACAACUUGGCCUACACGUCCAAUCGGCUCAGCCUCCACACGGACUACCCUGCUCUACACUUCUCACCAGGAGUGCAGUUUGUGCACUGCAUCAGCCAGGCCGUGGAGGGGGGGGAGAGCGAGGUGGUGGACGGCUUCCACAUGGUGGAGCUGCUGCAGAGAGAAGACCCGGAGGCCUUCAGGACCCUCACCUCCACCCAGGUGGACUUCACCGACAUGGGGAGGGACUACUGCGACUUCCUGCUGCAGUCCAAGAAACACAUCAUCGACGUCGAUCGUAAAGGCCGAGUCGAGAGGAUCAACUUUAACAACGCCACCAGGGACUCGGUGCUGGACCUGCCCGUCCACCAGGUCCAGCCCUUCUACCGAGGCCUGAAGGCCUUCACCGACCUCAUGAACCGCCCGGAGAACGUGGUCUGCUACACCAUGGAGCCAGGUGAAGUGGUGACGUUUGAUAACUGGCGUCUGCUCCACGGACGGAGGAGCUACGUCAGCCGGCCCGACAGCUCCAGACACCUGGAGGGCGCCUACCUGGACUGGGACGAGGUCAUGUCCCGCCUCCGGCUGCUGCGCAACAUCGUCCACAAGCACACAUGAGCUCGGCAAACUAAACGGUGACAUUGCAGUUUUUAAAAAGAACCUUAGCUACAGAAAAGGAGCUAAACUACAUAUUGGUCUUGAAGUGCUGAGGUGACGGGGCAACAUGCAAAGGCUCAUGUUGUUAACAGUGGAGAGCUGAAAGUCGUACGCCAGGAAUCUAUAAAGCAAACAAACGGCAACACUACAAUGCAAAGACAAACGUUUUUCUAAUGAUCAUUUCACUGCUUUGUCCUGUCCAGCAGGGGGUGCUGUAGCCCCCUCAUCACCAGGGGCCGGUUUUUCAAAAGUUUUAAUCUGGAUCAAACUGAUCCAGAUUUGGAAAUCUCUUUUUCUGCUAUCCAGGAUCACGUAAUCCAUUUUAUUUUUAUGCUGGUUUUUCAAAGCAAUGUGGGAUUGGAUUACUCUGAUCCGGAUUCAAAUUUUUCAGGAUUACCAAAUCUGGAUUAC